AGUGACCACAAUUUAAUGAUUUUUGUUUUUCUCAGUGUGCGCUCAUAGUGAAGGCAAAAAUCGAUUAAAAGUGCAAUGCAGUGACAGCAAGAAAGUGAAUUAAAAAAAUAAAAUAAAAAAGGGAAUCCGAAUCCCGCGCCUAAAUAAGUCAACUGGUUAGACCCUUCCCAAAAUCCCAAUUCCAAAAUGGUCGUAGUUCCCGCUCUGGGCGCCGCCGCCGUUUCCGUGGGCGGCCUGCUCUUCAAGGCGAGUGCCGCCUCCAAGGCGGCGGCGGCAGCGGGCGUGGCAGCGGCGGGCGCCUCCAAAUUGGGCCUCGCCAUUGCGGGCGCCAUUAAACUGGCCACCGCCGUGAUCGGCGUCGGCAAACUGACCAUCCUGCCCUUCCUGAUAGCGGCUAUCGCCUACUACAACUACGAUCUCUUCGAUCCCGAGAACCGUCCCUUCAAUGUCCAGCAGGUGGAGGUGGCCUACGACUUCAUCAUCAUCGGCGGCGGUUCGGCGGGCACUGUCCUGGCCUCCAGGCUCUCGGAGAUCCCCCACUGGAAGAUCCUCCUCCUGGAGGCCGGCGGCCAUGAGACGGAAAUCUCCGACGUGCCUCUGCUCUCGCUCUAUUUGCAUAAAAGCAAAAUGGAUUGGAAAUAUCGAACCCAACCCCAAUCGACGGCCUGUCAGGCGAUGAAGGACAAACGCUGCUGCUGGACGAGAGGCAAAGUUCUGGGUGGCUCCAGUGUGCUGAACACGAUGCUUUAUAUCAGGGGCAACAGGCGAGACUUUGACCAGUGGGCGGAUUUCGGUAAUCCCGGUUGGUCCUACGAGGAGAUCCUGCCCUAUUUCCGGAAGUCAGAGGAUCAGCGCAAUCCCUAUUUGGCCAGGAACAAGCGCUACCAUGGCACAGGUGGUCUCUGGACGGUCCAGGACUCCCCCUACAACACGCCCAUUGGACCCGCCUUCCUGCAGGCCGGCGAGGAGAUGGGCUACGACAUUGUGGACGUGAACGGGGAACAGCAGACGGGCUUUGGGUUCUACCAGUUCAACAUGCGACGCGGCUCCCGCAGCUCGACGGCCAAAUCCUUUCUGCGACCCGCCCGCCUGCGAUCCAAUCUCCACGUGGCCCUCUUCUCCCACGUGACCAAGGUGCUCACCGAUCCGCAGACCAAACGGGCCACGGGGGUGCAGUUCAUCAGGGACGGUCGCCUGCAGAAUGUGUAUGCCACCAGGGAGGUGAUCCUGUCGGCGGGAGCCAUUGGUUCCCCCCAUCUGAUGAUGCUCUCGGGGAUCGGACAUGGCGAGGAGCUGGCCAGGGUGGGCAUUCCCCUGGUGCAACAUCUGCCGGGCGUGGGACAGAACCUGCAGGAUCACAUCGCCGUCGGCGGCAUAGCCUUCCUCAUCGACUACCCCAUUUCGAUUGUGAUGAAGAGGAUGGUGAAUAUCAAUACUGCCCUGAGAUACGCCAUCACGGAGGAUGGUCCUUUGACCUCGAGCAUUGGCCUGGAGGCGGUGGCCUUUAUCAACACCAAGUAUGCGAAUGCCAGCGACGAUUGGCCCGACAUGAACUUCAUGAUGACCUCCGCCUCCGUGAUGUCUGAUGGCGGCAGCCAGGUGAAGACCGCUCAUGGGUUAACCGAUGAAUUCUACCAGGAAGUGUUCGGUGAGGUGAACAAUCGCGAUGUCUUUGGCGUUUUUCCCAUGAUGCUGCGUCCGAAGAGUCGCGGCUACAUAAAGCUGGCCUCCAAGAAUCCGCUGAGGUAUCCGCUGCUCUACCACAACUACCUCACCCAUCCGGACGAUGUGAAUGUGCUGAGGGAGGGCGUCAAGGCGGCGGUGGCCAUGGGCGAAACGGAGGCGAUGAAGCGAUUUGGGGCGAGAUUCUGGAACAAACCGCUGCCGAACUGCAAGCAUUUAACACUCUUCACCGACGACUACUGGAACUGCUACAUCAGGCAGUACACGAUGACGAUCUAUCACAUGAGUGGCACUGCCAAAAUGGGUCCACCCACGGAUCCCUGGGCGGUGGUCGAUCCCCAGCUGAGGGUCUACGGCAUCCCGGGGCUGAGGGUCAUCGAUGCCAGCAUAAUGCCGGCGAUCACGAAUGGCAAUAUCCACGCACCGGUGGUCAUGAUUGGCGAGAAGGGCGCCGAUAUGAUAAAGCAACUCUGGUUGACCCCCACCACGGGAAACCAGGGUCAAGGUCAGGGACCCAGUCCGCGUCAAGGUCACAAGGUCGCCGCAGGAAGUCAGUGGCGGAGCAAGCGAUCUUUGAAUUCAACCAGUGAAAACGAGGACCUCGGAAUCUCACCAGUCCAUCAGUGGCCUUUGCCAAGGUCGUAGCGUUUCUUAAAGCCGGGGUUUAAGGGGGUCAAGGGGGGUGCGUAGGGGUGGGGGUUAGUUUCCGUCUUCGAAAUAAAUUUAAUUUAUUAAGCUUCACAAUGCUUUACAUUCUCACUGCCUCUCGCUCUCUAGCAAAAAAUUACUAAUAAUUAUAAUAAUGUCCUAACGAAAACCCCCUGCCUCCUCCGCCCAUGGCCGUAGUCACUUAAGCGCUUCAUGUAAAUAUCGAGUCAUUUAUGCUAAUUCUUACAUUUUUUUUUAAAUAUCGCUCGUCUGUUGUGUGUGUCUAAUCGAAAUGUGUAUUUUUUGUUUUACCUUUUAAUGUUUGUUUGACGCCGCGUACACUUGGAGUACCUCAAUUAGUUCGUAAGUCGAGGAUUACAAUUACGAUGCAAAUGUUUGAUUAGUUAUUAAAUGUAGACGAACUCAAUAAAUCGAAUAAACACGAA